GCCAGAGCGGCACAGGCGGCGGCGGCGAUGGGGGAGCGUUGUUGUGCGGUGGUGCGGGUGCUGGUGCUGCAGGCGGCCUGGGCGCUGUCGGGCGGGCAGGUGCGGUACUCGGUGCCGGAGGAAGCCAAGGCCGGCACGGUGGUGGGCCGUCUGGCGCAGGACCUGGGCCUGGAGGCGGGCGAGGCGGAGGCGCGGCGGCUGCGGCUGGUGGCGCAGGGCCGGCGGGCGAGCGUGGAGGUGAGCGGGGCGAGCGGCGCGCUGCUGGUGAGCUCGCGGCUCGACCGGGAGGAGCUGUGCGGCAAGAGCGCGCCGUGCGCGCUGCGGCUGGAGGUGCUGGUGGAGCGGCCGCUGCGCGUCUUCCAUGUGCAGCUGGAGGUCACCGACAUCAACGACAAUGCCCCCAUCUUCCCCGCCGCCCGGAAAAACCUCAGCAUCGCGGAAUUCACCACUCUGCCGGGGUCUCGUUUCCCGCUGGAGGGCGCGUCGGAUGCGGAUAUCGGAGCGAACGCGCAGCUCUCCUAUACACUCAGCCCCAGCGAGCAUUUUACCCUGGAUGUUAAAUCCUCUGAUGAAAACAGGAAGUCUCUGUUUCUGGUGCUCGCAAAGUCGUUGGACCGCGAGACGAUUCCCGUUCACCGGUUGGUGCUGACGGCGAGUGACGGGGGCCGGCCGUCUCUGACGGGCACCAUGGAGCUGGUGAUCUCGGUGCUGGAUGCAAACGACAACGCGCCCCAGUUCAACGAGUCCGUGUAUAAAGUGCGGCUACUGGAGAGCGCUGAGUUGCGGACGCUCGUAGUGCGUGUGAAUGCCACGGAUCCGGACGAAGGCAGCAAUAAGGAGUUUUCUUACAGCAUCUUGAGUUCGAUUCCUAUCGGUAACAAAGAACUCUUUACCAUUGACACCAAGACGGGCGAGAUCAGACUGACGGGUACUUUGGACUUCGAAAAUGUUCGUUUACACGAACUGCAAAUCGAAGCGACAGAUAAAGGGACACCCCCGCUGUCAGGUCACUGCAGCGUGGAACUGGAGGUGCUGGAUGUGAACGACAACGCGCCGGAGGUGUGGGUGACGUCGCUGUCGGUGCCGGUGCCGGAGGACGCGUCGGUGGGGACGGUGGUGGCCCUGCUGAGCGUGUCGGACCGGGACUCGGGGGCGAACGGUCGCGUGCGGUGCUGGGUGUGGCCGGCGUCGCCGUUCGGUCUGGAGGCGACGUUCGCGGGCUCGUACUCGCUGGUGCUGCGCGAGGCGCUGGACCGGGAGCGGGUGUCGGAGUACGAGGUGGAGGUGCGUGCGGAGGACGGCGGGGCGCCGGCGCUGCGCGGCAGGCGCGGGCUGCGGGUGGCGGUGUCGGACGUGAACGACAACGCGCCGGCGUUCGCGCAGGCCGUGUACACGGUGCUGGCGCGGGAGAACAACGCGGCGGGCGCGGAGCUGGCGCGGCUGUGGGCGCGGGACCCGGACGAGGCGGGCAACGGGCGCGUGAGCUACUCGGUGUGGGAGGGCGGCGUGGGCGGCGGGUGGCGUCCGGCGUCGAGCUACGUGUCGGUGGACGCGGAGAGCGGGCGUCUGUGGGCGCUGCAGCCCUUGGACUACGAGGAGCUGCAGGUGCUGCAGUUCGAGGUGCGUGCGGUGGACGCGGGCGAGCCGCCGCUGUGCGGCAACGCCACGGUGCAGCUGUUCGUGCUGGACGAGAACGACAACGCGCCGGCGCUGCUGCCGCCUGCGGGCUCGGCGCCGGAGGCGGGCGGCGUGGCGGGCGAGGCGGCGGCGGCGGCGGCGGCGGCGGCGGCGGCGGCGGCGGGCUCGGUGUCGGUGUCGGGCACGCUGUGGGCGUGGGCGGCGUGGGGGGCGCCGGCGGGGCAGGUGGUGGCGAAGAUCCGCGCCGUGGACGCCGACUCGGGCUACAACGCGUGGCUGCGCUACGAGCUGUGGGAGCCGCGGGGCAAGGGCCCGUUCCGCGUGGGGCUCUACAGCGGCGAGGUGAGCACGGCGCGGGCGCUGGAGGAGGCGGACGGCCCUCGCCAGCGGCUGCUGAUCGUGGUGCGCGACCACGGCGAGCCGGCGCGCUCGGCCACGGCCACGCUCAGCGUGUCGCUGGUGGAGGCCGCUGAGGCGGCGCUGGCCGCGGCCGCGGGAUCGUCGUCGUCGUCGUCGCGGUCGGCGGCGGGCGCGGAGAUGGGCGCUGGUGCGGCGAGUGCGGCGACGAACGUGUGGCUGGUGGUGGCCAUCUGCGCGGUGUCGAGCCUGUUCCUGCUGGCCGUGGUGCUGUACGGGGCGUCGCGCUGGGCGCCGCGGGCGGCCGUGCUGUCGGGGCCCGGGCCCACGACGCUCGUGUGCGCCAGCGAAGUGGGCAGCUGGUCGUACUCGCAGCGCCACAGCCGGAGCCUGUGCGUGGCGGACGGCGCGGGCAAGAGCGACCUCAUGGUUUUCAGCCCCAACUUCCCUCCGCCGCCGCCCGGCCCCGCGGCCAAGGACACGCAGCCGGAGCCCUCCGCUCUCCUGGACACGCCAAAACACCCCAAUCCGGACUGGCGCUACUCUGCGUCCCUGAGGGCAGGAAUGCAAAGUGCUGUGCAUAUGGAGGAGGCAGGAGUCCUGCGUGGAGGACCAGCAGGGCCUGAUCAGCAGUGGCCAACAGUCUCCAGUGCUACAGCAGAACCUGAGGCGGGAGAGGUGUCCCCCCCAGUGGGAGCUGGUGUGAACAGCAACAGCUGGACCUUUAAAUUUGGACCCGGCAAUUCCAAACAAGGUGGUCCUGAAUCUAAAAAGCAGACACAAGUUUCCUUUCUCCUACGCCGAAAAGGAGAAUCUUCACAGUACAGCCAGUGAGAGGUUGGACUCUGCACUGUGGUUCCUGUGCUCCUGUCUUGAUGACACUUACAGGACAGGUUUAAAAGUUUUAAUGUUGUGCACCCUCUAUCUGAUUGGAAAUAUUUGUGUGCAGAUGUCAGCUAGGUGAUAUGAGAUCAGAUUAUAAAAUGCAAGAAGAGCUGGUAAAUAUGCAACAGAGGAAACACCUAUUGAACACAAAUGUUCAGAGAUGUUCAGGCUGGGGAGAAAAUGUCUGAAAGGAGAUGAGCAGACUUGUCAAACCUUGAGAAGUCACUGUGUGGAAAUACUGACUCCUAUACAUGACGUAUUGUACACACUGCUUCAAAUGAAACCUCACAUUUACAGCUCUUUAAGAGAACAUAAAUUAUAUCUCUUUACCAAGCAAGCCAUUGGAAAAAUUGUCCCUUAAAGCCCUGCAUUGCCCUGGUAAAGCUAGCCCUCAGAGUGUAAGAAGGGCUGGGCUGACAUCCCAGGAAUGUAACUGUGAUGCUCUGUGUCCCUAUUUCCACAUUAUUUUGCACAUUAUGUCUCUGAAAAGGUCAGAGUUUUUCCACGACACUUAUGCAAAAGAGAGAAAAAAGUAACAUUAGCUAUGCUAUUUGUUAUUUGAGAUAUUUAUUUAUAAAGAAAUAUAGCUGUAAAUGUUAAAGAAAUAUGAUGCCCUUUAACCCAAACAGAAGUCAAUCUAGAGCCAUUAUAAAUUACAAUUGCUGCUAUUAAAGUGCUUUAGAAAAAUUGCCUGAAACAUCUGUAUUAUAUCGGCCACUUGCCAAUAACAGCUUUAUUCUGUCGGGUGACUUGGGGGCUGCCUCUUGCAUGUAUUAAUAAAUACAAGAUUAUCUUCUUUUUUUUUUUUUUUUGCAUUAUUCUGCACUUUGAAUACACCUUUGCAAACAAACUGUCCUAAUAUGAAGAAGCAGAAGCAAACUCCUCACACAAAUGGAUUUAUUAACCUGCUAGCUCUGUGCAGUACCUUGGUGUUACCUCCCACACAACCUUUUCUGAUUUUAGUUUUACUUUUCUAUGAGAUUAUGAAUUUCUGAUCCUACUAACACUCCUUGUGUAAAAUUCAAGUACUGUAUGUAUGCUGUAUGCUCUUAUAAGAAUCCUGAAAUAUUUAUUCUGUGCUUGUGUAUGUGAAUGUCAAUGCAACUAUUAUUAGAGUGGACUUUUAAGCUUUACUGUUGAAUGUAAAUUCAUUAUUUCUUUUUUGUACACUUGUGAAAAAGUGGAGUAGUGUUAAUUUUUUAAGCCACUGUUGAUUAUCAGUUUUUUUGUGUAUGAAACACAAGUAAAAUAUCUUUCUUAAACCAAGCCAUGCAUGCAUUUUGGGAUUUAUUGGUAAGAAUCUGUGAAGCUGAAGUUCUGUGAAUUACUAAACCUAAGGGUAUAAAUGGAGUAUUGAAUGUGGUUGAGGAUGUUGAUAUAAAACCAAUACAUGUAUUUUUAAAUAGAAUAUAGCUGAUGAGGGAAUUCCAAGGAGUUUUUUACGUUAUUGUACAUUCACAGAAUAAAGCUCAAGUGUCGUGUUAAUUGGAACUGUGUAAGAAACUACAUAGCUCUGAAAUUUCUAACAGGCCCUUUAAUCUAGGAUCAAAGAGAACAACUGGAUUUCUUGAGACAUGUCCUGGAUGUUUUAAGUUUCCAAACUGCUGACAGUUCAGAAUAGAACAAUUCCUAUUCAUUUUUGAGAACCUGCAGCAAGUCUUAAAACAUCACAGAAAAGCUCUAAUAAAAGAAUUCAUAUCUCAAAGCAUGAACCACCAA